AUGGCGCAAGGGGAACCUGUCCUUCUCAUGCCCUGGGCCACAGAAAGGGCGAUUUCCGACGCGAUCCCACGAAGCCGGUACCCUCACGUCGGGCGUUUCGACGCACUCCGCCGGAGUGCCCACUGCAGACCACGAAGAUUGCAGCAGACCACGGAGGGGCCUCAGCCUCGGAGGGGCUGGCUGGCUGGGUUCUUGGGCCUCGCUGGAGGUUACGGUGCCCCAACGGCCCGGCGACCUCCGAAGCCGGCUCCAAGACCGCGCGUUGGCCGCGCCAGCACCGAGGAGGCGACAGAUUUCGGAGACAGCGAUGCGGAAGAGGAGCCUCGCGCAGACGCAGUGGAGUCCAAAGAUGAUUCCCAUGCGUCCAGCGACAGCAGCGAUCACGAGGGCGAUGAGUCAAAGUCGGAAACUCCUGCAAAGGAGGAUGCGACCAAGUCAGAGGAUAAGAACGACGAAAAGUCAGCGUCGGCUUCCGCCGACAGCACGGUGGAGGGCGACGAGAAAUCGGAGAAGUCUGACAAGGAGGAGUCUGCAGCAGAGCCGAAGAAGGAGCCGGAGAAGUCCGACACCGUCGAAGAGGAGGAAGCCAAGAAGGAAGACAAGGAGGAUGACGAGAAAAGGAAGGAGGAGGAAGAAGACGGCGAAAGUGAAGCUGGCGAAAGUGAGGAUGAGAGGCCCAAGCAGGAUUCUGCGAAGGAGGAGAAGAAACCGGAAGCGUCUGAGAAAGAUAACGACUCAGAGGAUGCAGGCAAGGAGCCAGAGGAGAAGGAGACAAAUUCUGAAGAUAAGAAAUCCGAGCCUGAAAAAGAGGAGAAGAAAGCCGACCCGGAAAAAGAGGAGAAGAAAGCCGACCCGGAAAAAGAGGAGAAGAAAGCCGAGCCGGAGAAAGAGGAGAAGAAAGCCGAGCCGGAAAAAGAGGAGAAGAAAGCCGAGCCUGAAAAAGAGGAGAAGAAAGCCGAGCCUGAAAAAGAGGAGAAGAAAGCCGAGCCUGAAAAAGAAGAGAAGAAAGCCGAGCUGGAAAAAGAAGCGAAGAACGCCGAAGACACGGAGAAGUCGGAGUCUGGGAAGGAAGAGGAAGAGGAGAAGGCCGCAGAAGCAGAGGAAUCUGAGAAAGAAGAAGCAAAGCCCACAGACAAGGGGCAGCCGGAGUCCGAAAAGCAAGAAGAGAAGCCCAAGGAAGAGGAGAAGCCCAAAGAGACAGAGCAAAAGAUCGAAGAGGAGAAGAAGUCGGAGUCCGAAAAGGUGGAGCACAAGGCGGAAGAAGAGGAGAAGUCAGAGUCUGAGACGGCGGAAAAGGCGGAGAAGUCGAGCGAAGACCCAAAAGAGGAUGAGGAGAAGCCUGUAGAAUCGGCACCGCCCAAAGAGGAGCAAACGACUUCCAAGGAAGCUUCCGUAGAGGAAUCAAAAAAGACUCAGACUGAACCUGGGGAGAAGGACAAGAUGGAAGAGCCACCCAAGGCCAACGAUUCCGAAGAGUCCAAAGAGACGACGGAGGCAAAGAUCGAGGAGUCGGAGGCCGUUGCUUCAGAAGAGCAGAAGGAGAAGAAGGAGCCGAAGAAUGAGGCAGAAGCCAAAGACGACAAGAAAGAGAAAGAGCCUGAGGAUGAUGGCAAGGAAGAGGCAAAGGACAAGACGGAGGAAGCACCGAAAACAGCUGAAGAGCCCCAAAAGCAAGGAAAGCUCUCCGGGACGGAAGAGGCGGUGAACAUGAUGGGGGAAAUGCUCGUGGCUUUGAAGUCUGAAGAGGAAAGCGAGGACGAAGACAAGGAUGCCGUGCCCAAGGAAAGGAAGCAGCAGGCCGUCGACAUGAUGGAGGAGGUCUUGGUAGCUUUCAAGCCGGAUGAGAAGCGAAAAGAAAAAGACGGAGAAGAGGGUGUCACCAAGGAGAUGAAGCAGCAGGCGAAGGAGUACUUCGACUGGAACCGCGCCUGGUAUCCCAUCGCACCUCUGGACUACCUGCACGCGGACAAGCCCAACCCCGUCAAGCUGCUGGGGAAGCGAAUGGUGGUUUGGUGCUCGGACGUGGCAGAAAACAUCUGGCACGCAGCUCUCGACAGCUGCCCGCACCGCAUGGCCCCGCUGUCCAUUGGCGAGGUUCUGGACUCCGGAGAGCUACGCUGCCGAUACCAUGGCUGGUCUUUCAACGGAGCCGGCAGCUGCGUCUGUGUACCGCAGGCCAGAAACGAAGCAGAGGAGGCGCGGAUAAGUGGCCUGGCGCGUAGCUGCCUGACCACCUUCCCAGUGCAGGUGAAGCAGGGCCUGGUGUGGAUCUUCCCUUUCGCCGGGCAAGAUGCCACCACACACGCCAAAAAGUCUGCGCCAUGCGUCACCCCCGAAAUGGACGGCGCCGAGUGGAUCAUGACGGUUGCGCCAGUGGGCUACCAGGUGUCUGUGGAAAACACGUUCGACCCCUCUCAUGCGCCCUUCCUUCACAACGGCAUUGUCAAGUAUGCCGCAGAGCGGGCACGGGCUAUAACGAAGUUCGUCUUGCGGGACGAUGUUAUUUCCGGCAAGCGUGGCUUCGUGCUGCAGCACAACGGUUAUGACGAGUCCACGGAAGGCAUCGCUGCAACGAGACAGUUCGUGCCACCGUGUUCCAAUACCACCGUCUACAAAUACGCGGAUGGGCGUGUGGAGACGAACCAGCUCUACUUCGUGCCUUGUGGCCCGCAUGAGACCCGCUACAUCGUGAACCUUGGUGCCGGUGAACGGCGCAGGCGGCUUCCGACGAUCAUGGAAGAUGUGCUCCAUGUGCUUUUCUUCAACAAGAUCUUCGGAUACCGUUUCCAAGAGCAGGACUUGAUGGCCAUGUGCGGACAGGAGCGGGCGCUUCAGGAGAGUUCCAACUAUGCCUGGGGAGAGCAGUAUGUGCUCGGCACUCCGGCUGACAAGGGCGUCGAGGUGUUUCGGAGAUGGUUCUAUGAGUUUGCCAAUGGAGGGCCCUACUUCCCCAGGUCCUCCAGGACGCUUCCGGCAACUGAUUCGAUGCUCUUUGACCGCUGGCAAAGACAUUCGAAGUACUGCCCGCGCUGUCGACGCGUCAUGCGUGCCUUUGGCACGGUGCAAGGUGCAGCGGGCAGGGUCUCGGUUUGUGGGCUCAUUGCCUCGGCCAUCUUCUUCUUCCUCCACCGCCGAGAAGCAACAGAAGCCACGCUUCUCGCCACUUUGCUCUCCGCUGCUUUGGGCCGAUGGGCCGCUGCAGAGCGUUGGGGCUUCGUAUCCUCCAUGCCGCUGAAGGGGCUCAUGGAAGUUGCCGUGUACAAAGACGCGGCGAAGGAUGACAGAGUGAAGAGCAAAUGA